CCCGCCUGUUUCUUUAAGGGUCUUGCAGAUAUGCAGCGGGCCCGAGUCCAUAUAUGCGGUAUCUCUCGUGGCUUUUCAGGGACCUUGCAGGACCCUGAGUUCUGCAUGGUCUCGGGGAACCAGGCAACCACAUCAGUACCCAUAGCUUAAACAUGAAGGAUAUCUCACGUGAUGCUGACUGAGCCAAGAAUCUUGGGACCAAACACUCGGAUACAUUGCACAAGAUUGUUCACAGUUGCUGGGACAAUUUCUGGGACAGUUUACAAUCACGGUACCUAGUUACUUUCUUUAGUUUUCCAAGAGAUGCAGUGAUCUGCUGUCAAAAUGCUGUAGAACCAGAAGUACAGAGCUGCCAUUCCUACCCGGACCGAAUCACAAUUCGGUCGCUUAUUUGAUGAAAUCAAAGCCGGUGAUAUCGUCUUAAGACAUUCAUCAUGAUUGGCAGCCCUAGCUCGACUCUAGCGUAUCUUCCUUCGCUGAUCAUGGUACGAUGUACGAACUAAGGCACAACUAGGCUUUCGCUGCACGUUUAUCGCAUGUAAGCAGGGUUACCACAUGUCAACAACGUGAAAUCACCAACUGCUUGGUUCCAGAAUCAAUCACUAAAUCGUGCUGGCCCUUUUUAAGAACGAGCUGAACAAGGGCUCAACCUCAUUGCCUCUGCGCCGUGCGUGAUAUUACAGUCAGCCAGGGUUCUUUCUUCAACUGGCUCGACUUCGGGAUAUCGAAUGUGAUUCGAUUGCGGAUGGUGAGGUGAGACUUUACGAUAGUCAACAUCAUGGGUGAUCCGGACGAGGACGGAAGAGCUUUGAAGGCUGGUCGAAGCAUCAAUUUGAACGUCUAUAUAAACGGCUUGGAGUCUCGACAUUAAGCUACAUCCUUAUCCUCAUCAUCAUCUUCUUCUCUCAGCUUCAUUCACUGCAGAAGCCUCUUUUCCGAUCGCCAUCCUCCCUUCACUUGAAGAUCAUUUCCUCAUUCCCAUCUUUUUCUAUCAACUUUCUCACUAGCAGAUAUGUUUAGCAAGGGCUUCACAGUCGCCGGGCUGGCAGCCCUCUCUUUGGUCGCUCAAUCCCAAGCAGGACCUACCUUGGGCUCUUCUCAUCUUAAAGCAAGAGCUCUCUUGGGUACCUCUUUCGGUGUUCCUGGACGCAACGCAACCUACGAUUACGUUGUCGUUGGUGGUGGUAAUGCCGGUCUUACUAUCGCAAUGAGAUUGGCUGAGGCCAACGCUGGUACCGUAGCUGUCGUUGAGGCUGGAACUUUCUAUGAGAUCAGCAAUGGAAACAUUUCUCAAGUUCCUGCCACUGAUGGUGUCUUCGCUGGAAAAGGUGCCAGUGAUUGGCAACCCCAGAUCGAUUGGGGCUAUCAAACUACUGCGCAAUCGGUAAGUUCAAAGACAGUAAUAGAAACAGAAGUAACUUGCUAACAUCAAUAACAGGGAGCCUUCAACACUUCUCUUCACUAUGCUCGUGGUAAGACCUUGGGUGGUUGCUCUGCUAGAAACUUCAUGGUCUACCAACGUGGUACAGCUGGAUCCAUGCAGAAGUGGGCCGAUCAAGUUGGCGACGAUGCCUACGAAUGGGAUAAUUUCCUUCCUUACUUCCAGAAGUCUGUCAACUUCACCGCCCCUGACAUGAACCUUCGAUCUGCCAAUUCCACUCCUCAAUUCGUUGCUGCCGAAGCUGCAAAUGCCCCAGCUACUGGACCACUUUCCGUCACAUGGUCCCACUAUGCCCAAGCUUUCGGUACCUGGGCCAUCGAAGGUCUUGCUCAAAUCGGCAUACCAGUUAUCCCUGGUUUCUUGGGCGGAUCUUUGAUCGGAUCUUCAUACCCUACCUUCACCUUGGAUGCUGAAAGGAUGACACGUGAAUCUUCUGAAACUUCUUUCCUCCGCGCCGGAAUGAAAUCACCUGACCUUAAGGUUUACACUCUCUCCAUGGCGAAGAAAAUUCUCUUCGACGACACCAAGACUGCAACUGGUGUUCUUGUCGAAACUGGUGGCUACCCGUUUACUUUGACCGCUAACAAGGAAGUUAUCUUGUCUGCUGGUGUUUUUGGAUCCCCACAAAUUCUCAUGGCGUCUGGUGUUGGACCUGCAGCUGAAUUGAGUGCUAUCGGUGUUGAUGUUAUCGCUGAUCGUCCAGGUGUCGGAAAAGGAAUGCAAGAUCACAUUUUCACCGGUAUUGCAUACCGCGUCAAUGCUCCUACCAUUUCGAAACUCGGAAACGAUCCCGCAUACGCUGCUGAGCAAGCUGCUCUGUACGAAAACACCCCCGCUGCUGGUAUGUACACCAGCCCUAACACUGAUGUUCUCGGAUGGGAAAAGAUUCCACAAAAGUACAGAAGCGAGUGGAGCAACGAGACUCAAACUGCUUUGGCUGCUUACCCUUCUGACUGGCCCGAGGUUGAGUACAUUGCCAUCUCCUCUUUCUUGGGUAACCAAGUGGUUUUGGGAUCUGACCCAAGUGAUGGAUACAACUAUGCCACCUUAUCUGUUGCCCUUGUUGCUCCUCGAUCCCGUGGAUCUCUCACUAUCACCUCCCCAGACACCAACGUCGCUCCAAUCAUCGACCCAGGUUUCUUGACCGAGCAAUCUGAUGUCGACAUCAUGGUGGCUGCAGUCAAGCGUAUCCGUGAAUUCUAUGCUACCGAUGCUCUUCAAAGUUUCGUCAUCGGUGAUGAGUACUUCCCAGGUUCUAACGUCUCUACCGAUGCGCAAAUUGAGGCCUUCGUCCGAACCAGUUUCAACACUAUCUGGCACGCAACAUCCACCUGCUCCAUGGGUCCUGUCAAUGAUACCAACACUGUUGUUGAUACUCAGGCCAGAGUUCUCGGUGUUUCCGGCCUCCGUGUUGUUGAUGCUGCCGCUUUCCCACUCCUUCCCCCUGGACAUCCUAUGUCCACAGUUUGUAAGUCUAAUCCUUCCUAUAACCAUUAGCCUGCGAACAAUUACUAACAACCAGUUAAGAUGCUUUCGCUGAGAAGAUUGCUUGCGACAUCAUCGGCUGUUAAGCAGCACGCUUCUAAAGCGCUAUUAUCCGACCUCAUGUCGGCUCCCCAUUACUCACAAUUCAUCAGACUUCCUUUAUUUCCGUUGCCGAUAGAUCCUUAUUAGAAGCAUCGCAGCUACAUUACUCUCCUCUUCUUUUCUCUUGUCAUUCCGUCAACUGUACCUGAACAUUUUGAUGCACCAGUUGAGUUCCAAAAUGUUCUACACACAAAAGUACGCAAAGCAGUCGACCACUAUCGAUCUCUGCGCACAGACACGUUUUGAUGGGAGGCCAAUGUACAACAAUUGCUCGCAUCCUCAUUGUGAGGGGUAGCUUGAGCAUCGUUGGAUUUUUUCCUUUUUGAUUUGGUAUCUGGGCGGCGGAUUUCUUUCAUAUGUACCGUACAAGGAAACAGAUGUACUAUAUAGUCAGACGUAGAUAGUGGCAAUCAAAGUUUCAUAUAGCACACUCACACU